AUGGUAAAGUUGUAUCCAAAGGACUAUAGCCGCAUCUCAAUCAAUGCGGCCAAAAGGACUACAGAAUACAUAGCUCUAGAAUUGAUUUCGAGGAACUUCGGCAUAAUAUCUUACAAGUCCGAUGUCUAUUGCUUCGGGAUGCUGCUGAUGGAGAUGGCGAGAGGUCGGAGGAAUGUAGAUUGCCGGCAGAGAAUUCAUGCCAGAUUUUUCAACUUGGCUAACCAAGUUGAAGUACUCAUCUUGCUUAAUAAUGUCGAAGAUCACGGUGUUAAUCUGAUCUUCUUUUUGUUGAGAGUCGACUACUUCUUUCAGCCUCGUAAUGGCACUACGGACGUCUUUCGACACAAGGAUGACUAUGAUUUUAUUGUUCAGAAGGGACGACGAAGUGUCAGAAACGCAAGAAUGUUAUGGGUUCGGUUGUGGGUUCGAUCCUUGCCCUUGACGAUGGUGGCCGGCGUCAACGAUGGACACAACGGCAACAACGGUUCAGGUGGCGUUGGCGGCUUGAGCGGCGACGGUAGCAGUGGACUCAGCGGCUCGGUCGAUGAUGUUGGGCCUCUUAUAUUAUUUCAAACAAGCCCAACAGUGACCUUAAAGGUUCUGAGAAUUCCUGCUAAGGACUAUCAGGGUGCACAAGGACUCUCCUUGGAAGAAAUUGUUAACGAUCUCGUCGUGCGACGUGAGAUCACCCUCAGCUGGUCUGUUCCUGAGAUUACUGAUGUAUGCAAAGACUGUGAAGCAGCAGGGAAGACUUGUUAUUUUAGUAUCAGUAAGAACACAGCUUUCUGCAGGCAUCGCGGUGAAAAAAUUGUCAAGCUCACUACAGGACCAUCUGCAGCUGCAUUUGUUAUACUGCUGGCAGCAGUCAUUACACUCUACAUUUUCAGGAAAUCCGAGAAGGAAAAAGAAAUGCGCAUCAAAGUCGAAAAGUUCCUAGCCACAUAUAGCGACACAAAACCGACUCAAUACACUUUCUUGCAACUUAAGAAGAUGACUUGGCGGUUCAAAGUCCAGCUGGGACAGGGUGGUUUCGGAAGUGUGUACAAAGGUGUGUUGCCAAAUGGAGUCCCGGUGGCAGUUAAGAUGCUCGAGAGAUCGAAGGGGGAGUGCGAAGAGUUCAUCAACGAAGUCGCAACAAUCGGAAGGAUUCACCAUGUCAAUGUGGUUCGCCUGCUAGGAUUCUGCUCUGACGGAUCGAGGCGCGCACUCAUCUAUGAGUUCUUGCCGAAUGAGUCCCUAGAGAAGUACACCUUGCGUAAUUCUACGAGCCAUCAAGAACCAUUUAGGAUGGACAAGUUGCAGGAGAUAGCAAUAGGAAUUGCUCGUGGGAUAGAGUAUUUGCACCAGGGAUGCGACCACCGCAUUCUACACUUCGACAUCAAACCUCAUAACAUUUUGUUGGAUCAUAACUACAAUCCGAAGAUCUCUGAUUUCAGCCUCGCAAAGCUGUGCUCAAGGGAUCAAAGCAUUGUUACAAUGACAGCAGCUAGAGGGACAAUGGGCUACAUUGCACCAGAGAUAUAUUCCAGAAACUUCGGAACGGUGUCGUAUAAGUCUGAUGUUUACAGCUUCGGAAUGCUGAUGCUGGAAUUGGUAGGUGGAAAGAAGAUUGCGGAUCCGAAGAUUGAAAACCAAGGUGAGGCUUACUUCCCGGAGUUGGUUUACGAGCAGUUAGUCAGCAGGCAAGAAUUAGAAUUGGAUAUAGAUAUGACCGCGAGUGAAGAAGAGAUAGCGAAGAAACUCGCGAUUGUAGCAUUAUGGUGCGUACAAUGGAAUCUGGUGAAUCGCCCGACCAUGUCGAGGACGGUGCAGAUGCUGAUGGGGAGUUUGAAGGACUUGGAAAUGCCCCCAAAACCAUUUGCCCCUUAUUAGGAUAUGAUACUAGCGAAGUUCCUAAUGAAGUGUAGAACAAAAAAAAAGAAGAUGGCUUGUUCAUCAUCAA